CUGAUGACAUUGUUGUAUAAAGAAGGUGGAGGUUCUUACACCGUUCACGAUCGUUCUAGGGCUUGUAAUCAGUCAUCUUCACUCACUCCGGUGAGCUCCGUCUUCCUUCGUUUCAAGCUCUUCCGGUGAGCUCCGUCUCCCCUCGUUUCAAGCUCUUCCGGUUGUUGACAUUGAUUUCAGUAUGUCUGGGUCUGCGCCUGCUGUUCCAAGUGAUGAAUUAUUUGAAUGGGCCAAAAAAGACAAGCGCCGCUUUCUACAUGCUGUUUAUCGUGUUGGAGAUCUUGAUCGUACAAUCAAGUUCUACACUGAAUGCUUUGGAAUGAAACUGUUGAGGAAAAGGGACAUUCCAGAAGAGAAAUACUCUAAUGCUUUUCUUGGUUUUGGUCCAGAAGAUUCUCAUUUUGUCGUGGAGUUAACGUACAACUAUGGUGUCGAUAGCUAUGACAUAGGAACAGGCUUUGGACAUUUUGCAAUUGCAACUCAAGAUGUUUACAAAAUGGUUGGGCACAUAAGGAGCAAGGGUGGAAAUGUCACUCGGGAGCCUGGCCCAGUUAAAGGUGGAACGACUCAUAUUGCCUUUGUCAAGGAUCCUGAUGGCUACGUUUUUGAGCUCAUCCAAAGAGGUCCAACUCCUGAACCACUCUGUCAAGUCAUGCUGCGGGUGGGUGACAUGGAUCGUUCUAUCAAGUUCUAUGAAAAGGCCUUGGGGAUGAAGCUAUUAAAGAAGGUUGAUAGGCCCGAACAGAAGUAUAUUAUAGCCAUGAUGGGGUACGCAGAUGAAUAUGAGACAACUGUUCUGGAGCUGACUUACAACUAUGGAGUGACUGAAUACACAAAAGGGAAUGCAUAUGCACAGGUUGCCAUUAGCACUGAUGAUGUGUAUAAGAGUGCUGAGGUUGUCAACCUGGUUACACAAGAGCUUGGGGGAAAGAUUACCCGACAACCCGGACCGAUUCCUGGACUCAACACCAAGAUCACCUCUUUUCUGGAUCCAGAUGGCUGGAAAACGGUGCUGGUUGACAAUGAAGAUUUUCUGAAGGAACUGAAGGAAGAGUAAUUGCUCGCAGGGCGUGGGGAGUUUAUGUGAUUCCUCUUUAACAAAUAAAUACUAGUAUCACUUUCUAAUAUUAGUAAGCCAAAAGCUUCUGCGAGGAAUCAGCACCUUGAAUUCAAGUUUGUGUGUGAUGGGUGUUUUCAAUAGUGUGUAAAGCCUAAAGCUACUGGUGGAUGCAAGGCAGAUGUGUAACAUGUGUUUGUGUUA